CUAGCAUUGAAGAAGCACAAUAGGUUGUGAAUAGCUCUCAGAAGAAAGUCGAGGAAAAAUGAUGCAUCUUCUUCCAAGGUAUUUCCCUUACGCAAUCUGCAUGCAAAGAACUUUUUCCAUCUUUCAUGGACUCUAAUUGUACAAAGCCCAACGCCAGGUGGCAACACAUCAAAGUAGCUGCAGUAACGUGGAUACCAUGGAUUAAAAUGAUUGAAAGAGGUAAAUGUAUAGAUGUCAGAGGACCGAUGGCUGAAAUUAUUCACAGCUUAUCCACAGCUUUAAACUUUAGUUUCACCGUGUUAUCUCCUGUGGACAAAGCGUUUGGUUCAAAGCGAAAAAAAGGCGAUUGGACUGGAAUGAUUGGAAUGUUGAUUAGAAAAGAAGUUGAUUUUGUAUUGACUCCAGUUUCGGCAACGCAAAGCAGGUUUGAAAUAGCCGACUUCACCAAUCCAAUUAUGACUGGACCUAUGCAUAUAUUAACCAGUAAUCCAGUUGAACGUUCUGACCUAUUUAGUUUUUUCAAAGCUUUUCAAGUCGAAGUAUGGCUCUUUUUGGGACUGAGCAUUCUGCUUGUGUCUGGAAUUUCAUUUGUUCUCCAACUCAUGCUUCCAGAAUCAGAAAUACGUCACCAAUGUAUGAUUUACAGAUUUUUUCAACAUUUUUGGACAUACUUCACCUGCUUUCUAAUUCAAGGUCUGCCACGUUUGCCAGUGAGAUCAUCUUUAAGAUUGUUAGUAGGAAUCUGGUGGUUGAUCUGUCUGGUAGUUAUGUGUAGCUUCAGUGGGAAGUUGGUCUCCAUGUUUACCAGUAACAGAGCCAUGAAUAAGAUCGACACUUUGCAGGACCUACUUCAACAUCCUAAUAUCACCAUUGUGCUUGAAGAUAACAGUAGUUUUACUGCCACCAUAAAAAAAGCGGAAAAGGGGAUUUACAAACGUCUGUGGAAAGCAGUUGAAAACAACCCACACACUACUUAUUCGUUCAACGAAAUUACUUCUGAGAACAUGCUAGAAAACAUUGCAGAAGGAACACACGCCACACUACUUCAAAUGGUUACCCUCAAGACGGAGCUCUCUCGGAGGUAUACUGAAAAGGGCUUCUGUGGUUUUUAUGUCGGGAAGGAAGAGAUUUUCCCGAAAACAUCCAUCAUUGCAAUGGGAAAACACUUGCCUUCCUGCUUCCAACAAAAACUCAAACGAAUGAUUGAUGGAGCAGUGGAAAAUUAUCUUUUCGGCAAGUGGAUCGACAUGUUGACAGUAAAUUAUACCCGUUGUGUGGUUACACAGCCAUCUGGUGUUCGUCAGCGUACUCUCUUCGAUCUUCGAGGAGUAUUUUCAUGCUUUGCCAUUGGAAUUAUGACUUCGCUUUUGGUCUUUCUUUUCGAAAAAUGUUUCCCAACUUUUCUAAAUCUUUGAAAUAAAUUUUGCAACAAAACGUUCAAGUCAUUACUUAAACUUUUCACCGUUUUAUUAUUUUGAACUUUUCAAGUAUUUAAUGUUGAUGUUAUUUAUGUAUUCAUUAAGGAGCUAAUUGUUUGUAUUUGUAGUUUUUGUCCUUUAACUUUCUAUACAAUUGUAAGGUAUCUAGUUAUGAGAAAAAUCACCUAAUACCACGAGUAUUAUUUCACUUUUCAUUUUCAAUAAAUGUAGACGUUUAAGACUUAACAUGUUUACACGCUUUGAGAUAUUUAUAGUUUUCAACUGAUUUGAUAAAUAGUAGAGACACUAAGCUAAGUUAGAUUGAUAUAUUGAUGACUGUUUAGAGAAAAGAAUGGCGUUUCCAAAACUAGUUGGAUUCUUAAAAAAACACACAGAAAAAAAACCAGUUCAUUUUAUGUAAAUUUCGUUAGUGGAAUGUAUUAAGAUUAUUUAAAACUUCAAUGUUGCCUUCGAAUUUGUUAGCGUUACACUUUCUUUGCUUAGUUAAAUCAACUGAUUCGGAGAGCAAGCCUUGGCUUAUUCAGUUAAAUGAAUAAUGGUUGUUAUGGUCAGACUUCUUCAAUAGACAAUUUUAAAUUCCAUUUGUUACUAAACAUAACUAUUUCUCUUCUUUUUUGUAUUUUCUUUCAACCACAAAUACUUCUUUCCCUAAUUACGCUCAAAAUUAUAUCUCGUUUGUCAAUUCAACUUUAACCGUCCCAUUGAUUGAAAAUAUUAAUUAAACCGCAAAAUAUUUUUCAACGAAACAACUUUAAUGUCUGCCCAUUUCAUUAGAACUCUAAACUAGAAUUGGAUUCCCGGGAUUCAGUGUAACAUGGACCCCGUAAUAAGCCUGAAGGUACAAUUUGUCGAGGAUUAUGGUCUACAGUUGGUUCACAGUCGUCUCAAGCAGAUUGCAGUGACAUAUGAAUGUUCUGGUCCAUUACAAAGAUUAAAUCAGAUCGGGUCGGAAUAUGGUGAUUUUGCUGGUCUAGGAAUAUGAAUGAAGUCAUGCUCUUCGAUUCCAUUUCAGACAAUACGAGAGGAUGGAUUGUCCUGAAAGAGCCUUUGUCCAACAAAGUGGAAGCUUAACAUUUUGGCCUGGACAUGAUUGGAUUUUGUUAGUUCACCUGAACGACACCUCAUGCACACAAUAAAUUAAAAACGGCCAGGU